AUGUUUGUUUGGAACCAACCCAUCACCGCCAUGGACAAGUCCCAACUCAUCAAGCUCUACACGAACCGGCUCGUGCGAGCGCUCGUGCCAGCCGAGUUCGGUCCCGAGUUCAUCCAGAGUGUCAGCCACGAGUUGCUCGUGGUACUCUCCCGCACAGAGUCCACCAAUGACCAGUCCCAGAAACAGUACGAAAUCAACCAGGCCACUGCUCGCUUCAAAACACACUUCCUCACUAACGGCUUCCGUGACGAGUGGGCGGCUUUCCAGCGCAUCUUAGACUCGUUGGCCCAGGUUAAGACCUUGGAUCAGAUCCACAGCUACUUGGUGUUUUUGAGCGUGCUCAAAGACGGCCCCGCGCAGCCAUCGCCAGUACCUGGCCAUUCCCGAGCCAAUCUCAGUCCUCACAGCGACUUCCACAGCACUUCGCCUGCAAUUCCCUCUAGCCGACCCUAUACACGUACCAACCGCGAUUUUUCAUCGGGAAACAUGGGUGCUGGCGUCGAGUACCCUCACUCGUCUCCCUACAAGGACACUCCGUUAAUACCGUUGGACCAGGUCAUUAAGCCCUACUACGAAUCCAUGAAUGAAGAUCUUAUCUUGACCUAUCUUUCCUACACCCUACUUGGCCUUGACUCCAAGUUGUUGGCAUUCGAUUCAGACAAACAAAUCGAACUUCCUUCCAACGUCAACAACAGUUAUUCUGGAAUAUUGUUUGACAUUUUGGAAUGUGCAUUACUAUACAAACGGCUUCACAACUUUACUCAGCACAAUAAGGGUAAACUUAGCUCUCCCAUACAGACCGCAUUUUUAACGGUAUUAGAAUCACAACUAUUGGCCUAUAUCGACCAUAUCAAUGAGCUUUUCAACACCCAGCCAGCAUCUCUCAUAUCAGUCUAUAACAGGAUAUAUGACUGGAUAUUGAAUCUCAGACUACUCUACUCACUUGUUACUCAGGUGCUUGAAGUCAACGGAUACGACUUCUUGUCGAAAGUUUACGAACUCACAAAAUUUGGUGAUGUAUCAAUCAAGAAACUCGCCCUUCAAAUAUUUCAGAGCAUCUCCACACCUUACUAUCAAAUUAUUGAGCACUGGAUAAUAAAUGGGGAAUUGAUAGAUGAAAGCGACGAGUUUUUCGUAAAAUUUGAUUUUGAAAAGAAUGAAUUCAACGAUAUUAUUCUAUUCUUACCAGAAAGAAUCCCCUUUUUUAUUGAUAAGGUAUUAAGUUUCAAGAUUUUGCAAAUUGGCAAGAUGCUAAUAUACUUGAAUAAGUACUGCAAGGAACUCUUAUGGGUAAAUCAAUACAGCAACAAGUAUUCCCAUAUAUUAUUCCAAUUGAACCACGGAGUACAGUCAAUGAAUACUGUCGCGUUUAAUGAAUUGAUUAAUGAGCAGUACGAAAAAAUAUUGAAUUAUUUCACGAACAUCAUUCAUGGACCAAAGAAUGAAAUGGCCCAACAUCUUAACAACUUUAAAAAGAUUUACUUCAUACAAAAGAAUGACUUUAUUGACUCCAUAAUUUCGAGUGGAGCUGAAAUUUUUAAUGAACCAUCCACCACGAUUUCAUCAAAUUAUCUUUCAAAGAUAUUGAACGAAUCCAUCAAUAAUUCCUCCUUAAAAUACAAUAAAUUUUCUAAGCGUUUGGAUGCUCGAGUAUUGGAUCCAAUUCACGGGAAUAUUGGAUGGGAAGUAUUCACGUUGGAAUAUAGAAUUGACGACUUACCCAUCAAUUCAUUAUUUGAAAACCACAUGGUUCAGUACUUGAAAAUGUUCAAUUUCUUAUGGAGACUUCGCCAUCUACAAUAUCUUUUGAAUGAACACUCAUUGGACUGUGUCAGUUUGCGGAAGAACGAACUAAAAAGGAUUCAUUUGAAGUAUCUGAAAGUGAAGAGAACUGCCAGAUUAAGUAUCAGAGACAAGAAGAUUGUAUGGCUUAUAAAAUCGUUCAAUACUAUUAACAUGAUCCGGUUCAAUCUUAUCAAGUUUAUGAAUUCAUUGGUGCAAUACUUGUCAUUUGAUGUAAUUGAGGAUGCUUACCACACAUUGAUAACAAAGAAGUUGUUCAAGUCCAACGAGGUAUACACGAAUGAGGAAAACGAAGGGUUCAAGAAUCGCCUGUUGCAACUUUUGAAUGCAUUUAACCCCAGCUUCAUACAGUCGAUCAAAGGCAGCCCGCAAACCAGCGGAUCUGAACAACGCGUGCUCCACAACGUGAACGAGCUCACAUUUGACGAAAUUAUCAAGAUGCACGAAGCGUACUUGAGCAAGAUCGUCAAUAGCAAGUUGAUCAAUGAGGACUCGCUCGGCAAGACCACCAAGACCAGCUACAUCGAGCAGGUUUACAAGCUCUUGGAGUUGGUGUUCCGGUUCUACAAGAGUGCCGAGGAGUACAACCACUUGGUUGUCAACUAUGUGUUGAUCUUGAACAUCGAAGCCUCGCAGGCCGAAAAUGAGAUCGACGCAGACAUGGUGGAGAUCGAUGCGCUCCAGGAUACCGAGGAUAAGCUCCAGGCAAUCACUGACCGCAUCUACCGACACAUCUACCAACAAUUCCAGGAGGGGCUUGCAAACUUUGUCCGGGACUUGAAGGUGGAUUACGAGCUUAAGCCUAUGGCGUCCAUGUUCGUCUAA